AUGCCGAUGAUGAUGAUCAACAAACCUGGGCAGCACAGAGUGAAGAAAAUGGGUUUUUUACCUUUUGAAACUUUUUCUGAAUUGGGAGCCUUGAUAAAGUUGAAAUACUUCCACAAGCUUCCUGAAAUUGAUAGGAGUGAUGAAUCCGUCAAAUUUUGUUAUGACAAGUUGAAUCAAGUAUCGAGGUCGUUUGCAAUGGUCAUUCAGGAGCUUCCAGAAGAAUUGAAACAUCCUGUCGUCAUCUUUUAUCUCGUUUUGAGAGGUCUCGACACGGUAGAAGAUGACACUGAGUAUCUCAAAGAUGACGUUGCUGCCAAGCAUCAUUUAUUACAAACAUUCUAUCAAAAGAUUCGUGAUCCAAACUUUUACUUGGACAAUUGUGGAGGAAGCCUUCAUGCCACUCGACACUAUAAGGAUUUAAUGUUGAAUUUCCAUCAUGUGUGCAAGGUAUUCCUUCGAUUGGAUGGAAAAUAUCAACGUGUCAUUGAAGAUGUGACCAUGAAAAUGGGAUGUGGCAUGGUCAACUACUUGGGCAUGACUGGAGUCGAUACCAUGUCGGACUAUGAUGAAUAUUGUCACUAUGUGGCUGGUUUGGUUGGUAUUGGUCUCUCUGAAAUGUUUGUUGCCUAUGGUGAAGAUAAGGAAGCUUUCUUCAAGCCAGGCACGAGUGGUACCUCCACUGAACACAUCAAGAAAUCCCUCUCAAACUUGAUGGGACUCUUCCUUCAAAAAGUUAAUAUUAUUCGUGACUAUGCUGAAGAUAUUUUGGAAGGUAGGACCUUCUAUCCAACCAGUUCAUUCCAACAAUUUGGCUUGAAGCAAGUGACAGAUUUGGCAAAGAAAGAAAAUUUACCAGAAGCCCUUCAAACUCUCAACUAUCUCGUCACAAAUGCUCUUUCCCAUGCUCCAGAUUGUCUCGAAUACAUGUCCAAAGUGAAAGAUCCAAAAGUUUUCAGUUUUUGUGCCAUCCCUCAAGUCAUGGCAUUUGCCACACUCGUUGAAAUUUAUAAUAAUCCAAAUGUAUUUGUGAAGAAUGUCAAGAUGAGAAAAGGCCUCACUGCCCGAAUUUUCAUGGAAACAAAAUCCUAUGAGGACGUACAAAAAUGGUUUGCCACUCUCUCCGAAGACUUGAAGGUUAAACUUGCUUCAAACAUGCAGGAUCCUUCUGCAAAAGAAACAGAACAAAUUUUGGAAACAAUUUUAAAGAAGGCCGGAUACAAGACAAAAAGUAGAGGUCUCUCAUUUACCAAAGGUUUUGGUAUUGCUUCUUUGCUGACUGCUCUCGUUUAUUGGACUCUUUACGGAAAACCACUUUCGAAUUUUUUAGGAAAUAUUAAUUCUUCACUGUUGCGACGAUUGUUGGGAGGAUUUGUCAAGCCAUCAUCAGGAAAGACCGCUACGCCAUCUGUUUCAGUUAAUUCUGCAUGA